UAAAUGGAAAAAACUAUACUUGGCUAUUAAUCCAAAAACAUCAGUUCACCAUACGAGUUUAGCAGAUUCUCAGCUUUGAAUAUCAUUUGUACGGGCUGAUUGUGGGUAAAGAAGACUCAAAAUAUCCAUAAAGUAUUGUGAUAUGUUGGUCUGCGCAGCGCUUACCCUAAACUGAUUCCCGUGUAUAGAAAAACUAUAUUUUGCAAGCAGAAGAAAACAGCUUAUAGUUUUAAGUGAUCUGAGUUAAAACAAUGUAUUUGAUCUCGAAAGACGUUUUUAAUGCUGCAAUGCCUGAAUCUGCGUGAAAUUGCUUAUAUUUCUUAGUGAAAUUGCGCUAGUUUUUUUUUUCCUUUCUCCUGGACUAACUUACUGAUCUCUUCAAAUACUCGACCAAAAAAGCGCGUCUCGCUGAUGAGAUCUGGAAGUUGUAUAGAUCGUCGAAAAAAACCACACCACGGACCACUGCCAAGGAGCUGUGAGGAAUCAUGGGAAAUUUCAAGGGCCAUGCCCUGCCUGGCAGCUUCUUCCUAAUUGCAGGGCUGUGGUGGGCAGGGAAAUUCUCCCUCCGCUAUGCCAGCUGUAGGAGCAGGACUGCAGGAGCCACGGCCAGCAGGGCCCUGCAGCGCCGCCUGGAGGUCAUUGAGGGGUCCGUCAUGCUGUCCUUCUCUGUCAUUGGUAUGCUGGCGGAGCAGUUUGUGGCAGAUGGACCCCACCUGCAUCUGUAUGACUAUGCCGAGCAGCGCUGGAACCACCUGAUGAACUGGCAGCAUGCCACCAUGUACCUAUUCUUCGGGCUGGCGGGCGUCGUGUCGCUGGCUGUCCACACCACUGGCGCCGCCCCCCUUGCUCUGGACCGCAUGCUGCUGGCCAUCGCCUUCUUCACUGAGGGGUUCCUCUUCCUGUAUCAUCUCCAUGGUCGAGACAUGCUGGAUGUGCACAUUCACCAGCUGCUGCUUUACGCAAUUUUCGGAGGGGCGCUGACAAGUUUCCUGGAGGUGUUCCAACGGGGAAACAUACUGCUGGAGCUUCUGCGUGCUGCACUGAGCCUGCUGCAGGGGAGCUGGUUCUGGCAGAUUGGCUUCGUGCUGUAUCCCCCCAGUGGCCGGGCAGAGUGGGACCUGAAGGACCACAACAGCAUGAUGUUCAUCACCAUGUGCUACUGCUGGCACUUGGCCUUCUCCCUGCUCACUGUGGCUGUGGUCUACUGCACUGUCUGCUGGGUUGUACGCUCUAGGUCCAAGAGGGCUCAGCCAAUGGAGAUGGGUCUUCUGAAGGCCUCCGAAAAGGAACUGGAGUCUGAGGAGGACGUGUAGUGCUGCUACGGGCAGGAAUGAUAAAACAGGGACAAGACGGUCAUGGCAUCACCUUACUGGUACAAGACAGAGAGGAUCUCCGCCUGUCACAGAGUGCGCGAUAAAACAAGAGAUUUGUGGACAUGUUCUGACUAUACUUCUGGGAUCCCUGUGGGAAUUACCAAAAAAAAAUGUUUUAGGUUUGUCUCAAGGACUUAAUAAGGAAAUAAUCAAGGGUCUUCAAGAGAAUCAUCCCAUGCAGUUGGUGCUAAGGAGAUUAUAGGAUGUGUUUCUUGUAAAAAAAAUAUUACUGGCCUUUAUUUUUUGGUUGAUCUGAACCACUUUGUUGAAAUGCGUUUGUGCUAUCAUGAGGGCUGUAUCCGUAAUUAUCUGUAGACUAAAAAAUAUUUUUGUCAAAUCCUAUCCAACAUAUGAAUCAAAACCAAAACUAGUUUCACCGUUUUACAAUUUACAUUGUUUUGAAUGGAAUGCUUGCCCAUGGAUGAAGUUACAAAGCCAUAAAACCUCAAGCCUAAGUAAAGAUUUCAUUGGCCUUUUUGAGUUCAGAUCAGAAAUGUACAGCCUCAUGCUGCCACCAUGUGGUGAAUAUUGUAGUUGUAAUUUUUUCCUUUAUGGCUGCAUAUUUUUAUUAUUAAAUUUAGGUUCAUAAUAAUAAUCAUGCAUGUAAAAAUUUGUAUUGUCAAGCAUAAAAAAUUAUCACAAAUGGGAAGAUGUGAGUUUUUUUGCGGACAUUUUAAAGGACAAGGUAUAGACAUAAUGCACAAAAUGCAUAAAUCAUUGUACUGAAAUUGAGGCAGCAUUGUACUGGAUUUGUAUCAUCUAUUGCUCUUUUAAUGAUUAAUAUGAUGGCAUUUUUAAUCCACUGCAUUUCUGAUUUCUGAAUAGCGUGUACGUGCAUGUACAGUGCGCUCCCAAAUUAUUGUGCAUGUGAUUUUUCAAAACAUAAAAUUUCUUAAUAUUAGAACUUCAUAAUGUUAAUGUUUCUCAGCUUCUUUUUCAGGGCUGAGACUGAAUGCAGUAUAUAAUGAAUCUUGAACUUGCUUGAAUAUCUGAAAUUGCUUGAAAAUGUCAUUACUCUGUCAAAGAUACUAAUGUAUUUAUGUAUGUAAAUAUGUACAGGUAGUGAUAUUUUAUGAAUUAUUUAAAUGGGUCUUUGUAGGAUAGGCUCUCGGUUAUGGUCUGUUGAAGCUGUAAGAUUUGUAGCCAUAAACACAUGGUGGAAACAGUGCUUUGUUAUUAAUGUUCUCAGGUGUCCAAUGCCUGCUGUAGCCGAUAUUACAUUUUGUAGAUCCUGGCCAUUUGGAAGACAUUCUUUUUAUAUUAAUUAUACAAAUCAUUAUUUCUGUCAAAUAUAAUUUUUCUUUGGGGAAUAUCUUGAAAUCACAAACCUUUAUGUGCAUUGUAACAGCACUAUACUGUGUCCAUAUCUUCUAUGCAUAUUAGAUGCUGCCUUUCUGAUUUUAUUUUAUUUUUAAGGGGAAAUCGCCUUUGAUACGCAGUAGAUGAAUUAAAACCAAUUAUAAGCCCAAUUGUUGGAAAAGGUCCGUUUGUUCUUUCCGAAGAUUGCUAUUAACUCUACAAAAUGCAUAUGAGAUUACAUUGUUAGGCCUAUAUCAGAGAUGUCCACAUUGGGUAAUCAAUAAAGGUCUUCUUGGAAUUUU